AUGACUAUUGCUUUCCAGUUGGCUGUUUUUGCAUUAAUUGCUACUUCAUCAAUCUUAUUGAUUAGCGUACCCGUUGUAUUUGCUUCUCCGGAGGGUUGGUCAAGUAACAAAAAUGUUGUAUUUUCCGGUACAUCUCUAUGGGUUGCAUUAGUGUUUUUGGUGGGUAUUCUUAAUUCUCUCAUCUCUUGA